GACGAAUUCUAAAUCCCGACAGCUCCACCACCAACUUAUCAAGCAGACCUUGGGAGGAGCUUCAAAAAUAAGUCAAAAGGGCUAUUCGCAAAACGGAAACCCGGGUUUGACACCAGAAAACGAAAUGGACUUUGCGUUAAGACAAGUCUACCGGUGGGCGGUACCCGCCGUCAUCGCCGGGUCCUUCGUCCAAGCCUCCAUCUACGACGUCCGUGGUGGUUCCCGAGCCGUCAUCUUCGAUCGAUUGCAAGGAGUCAAGGAAAAUGUUAUCAACGAGGGCACACAUUUCCUCGUUCCCUGGUUACAGCGCAGCAUCGUCUUCGAUGUCCGAACCAAGCCUCGAAAUAUCGCUACGACUACCGGUAGCAAGGAUUUACAGAUGGUCAGCUUAACGCUGAGAGUUCUACACAGGCCUGAGGUCAAGUCCUUGCCUAAAAUCUACCAGAACCUCGGCACCGACUACGACGAGCGAGUCCUCCCCUCCAUCGGCAACGAAGUCCUAAAAUCCAUCGUCGCACAAUUCGACGCCGCGGAACUAAUCACACAACGAGAAGCCGUCUCCCAGCGCAUCCGCGCCGACCUAAUGAAGCGAGCUUCCGAAUUCAACAUCGCCCUCGAAGAUGUAUCGAUCACGCACAUGACCUUCGGCAAAGAAUUCACAAAAGCCGUAGAACAGAAACAGAUCGCACAGCAAGAUGCCGAGCGCGCGCGCUUCAUCGUCGAGAAGGCCGAGCAGGAACGUCAGGCCAAUGUUAUCCGCGCCGAGGGUGAAGCCGAGUCCGCGGAUACUAUUUCUAAGGCUAUUGCUAAGUCCGGCGAUGGUCUAAUUCAAAUUCGAAAGAUCGAGGCUAGUCGUGAGAUCGCGCAGACUUUGGCUUCGAAUCCGAAUGUUUCGUACCUGCCAAACGGAAACAAGCAAGGGGGUAGUGGGAGUCAGUUCUUACUCUCGGUUGGCAGGACGUGAUGAGGAAGGGAGGCUGUUAGUGAUGUAAAAGGACAAGAGGAAUGAAAAAAAAAAAAAGGUCACGAAUGGUUGGUGUCCAGAAAAGAAGGGCAUGUGUAUACUACAUAAGCGACCAACUGCCCGGUUCUCCACUUCGGGAUAUGAAUAAUAUGUGUCAAUAUCAGUAAAAGUCAAGUGUUGUUCUCCAAU